GAUUGGAAACCUUGCACUCUUUGGCGCGCCGUUUCUUUCGCCGAAGCAAGCUAUCCCAUCUGCUAUUUGUCUUCAUAGCUUCUCUCGCAUAAGAGUGGUGAUUUCGUAGUGCCCACGUAGUGUCCACGAUGAACUGUUAGAUCUCUAGAAUAAGAUAAUUCACCAGCACAGAUGCACUUCUGGAUUCGAAGGGUGAUCAAGGCGUCUAAAAUGGUCUCCAGAAAGAAUUCGAAGGUGAUAAAAACAGUCUUCUUCUUCUUGGCUGGUUUACUGAGCGUGGGAAUACUCAACGGAUUAGUGGAGACGCUUCCAUCCUUCGAAUACUCCUCGCAAACCAGAGCCCUGCGGAUUAUCCAAGCCGAAGGAGGUGAUCCGCACUUGGAAGAACGACAUGGUCGCUCACCUCGCGAUCUUUCAAGCGAUGUUGUCGUUUCAGGACGUCGGACCUCGGAUGGGCAGAAGGUGACAGCAGAUCAAACACCGAGGUGCGUAAAGAAGGUUCUCAUCUUCGGUAGUAUGAUACGCAUGGCAUGGAUUCCCGAGUUGAAUCAUUUCAAGGCUCUUCUAGAAACCAGCAAACUAGAUGGAUACGAGUCGGACGUGAAUUGUUCCUCCCCGGGGUAUAAAUGCGACAUCAAGCUGUCUCUUGGAGCAGCACGCGAAGAUCUGGUUGGGAAGGACGCCGUAAUCUUCGGCAUGGUCUCGACGAUCUGGAUCACCAAGAAUCUUCUGCAUAAUGUCUUGAAGCAUAAGCCAGAGCCGGGCCAGACCUGGAUCUUUUACAGUACUGAAACUCCGUACAGAGUAAAGAAAUGGGCGGGAAGCGAUGACCUGGCUCUUUUUAAAUACCAUGUGCUCAUGACAUAUAACAGGGCCUCUGACGUCUACGUCCCAUUCGGCUACUAUCGGCCAUUUUCGAAACCAAAGGAUGGCCCAACUGACACUCGGUUUUUACGUGACGACUUCUACACUAACCGGACAGGAAUCCUGUCUUGGGUUGCUACCAACUGUCAAGAUGUCUUCUGGCCUCGGAUGCAGUUCAUUGACAAGCUACGUCAAGAAAUUUCCCUUGACGACUACGGAGCAUGUGGGCACAAGGAGUGUCUUCCACGAAGAUCGACCCACUGCAACGAACUCUUCGCGAGCUACAAAUUCUACCUCUCCAUUCCAAAUUCAGAAUGCCGAGACUACAUCACCGAAAAGUUCUGGAUGAUAUCUCUGAAAUACGGCACUGUUCCACUGGUCUUAGGGACAGUCAAGGAGGACUAUGAGCCGGUCGCACCCCCUAAUUCUUUCGUCCAUUUCGGCGACUUCAAGAGCAUAAAGGCAGUGGCGGAUCAUCUGAAGAAGGUGGAUAAUAACGAUACUCUGUACAGACAGUACCAUGAAUGGCGUCGGCAUGGGGAAGUCAUCACACCCUUCCCGUAUCGUCCUGAAUCUCUAUGUAGGACGCUGCCUCAUAUUUACCCGAGACCAGAAAGUGAGAUCAAACUCAUCGGGAAUUCAACCUGGUACAAGGAUUGCAGGACAGCUCCUAGUGAAAUGGACGUUAAUCCACAUUUUGAAACGAUCGGCAACUGGACUCCAUGGAAACUCUUCGGUUGAUGGGUAACCGGUAAGAUCAAUCAUGUCGGUUUCCUGAAAUGUUAAAGUUGUCAGCAGAAGCACAAGGAAUCGACACGUCCGUUCAAGAGUAACGAAAGAUUACUGACUUACCACGAACUCACUGCAAUUAUUGUUGAACCAGUCGCAUGAAGUUCGUAUUUUUGCUUGCUUGAUUUUAUACAGAGGUGAUAAUGUCAAAAACUGCAAGUAGCGGGUUAACAACAAUUAUUGCAAUAUGUCAACUGGAAACAAGAAUGACACCGAGUCUCUUUAACCACAUGAAGUUCACCCCAUCCCCAUGAAUGUAAUCUUGACUGGAAUACCCAUUUACAAAAUGGGAAAUUUUAAUCAAUCUGCAUAUUGUAUAGAAAGUUUAAUACUUAAAAAUAAUAUAAGAGAGUAUGGAGAUGUUUAUAAAAAAAGUUAUGAAAUUAUAUUUUCAAUACGAAUAUCUGUCAUGCCUUUAUUGUGUAGUAUACAAACACCAAAAAGAAUUUAAGUGUCGUCGUUCAACCCUGAAUUAUUAUGCCGGGAACUGUUUCAUAAAGUGUUUCAUUCGCCAUUUUCCUCACGUCUUUCUCUCAGCCAAUCAGAAUUAAACAUUUCAGUGGCUUAUCACAUUUGAUUCUCAUACCUCUACCAUGUCACGCAUGUAAUACGAUUAGCAUGCUUUCGCUAUUUACGAGUUAAUUUGUAUCUCAUAUAAGUAAUUUUCAGUCAUAUUUCUAUUUAUUUUUAUUAUUGGUCUUGUAUAGUAAAACAGAUCAAACUUGGUCCCUUUUCUUAUAAUUAAUUUUCAAUUUAUUUUUAAGCUAUUUUGAUUUAAUGAGGUCAGUCAUUGUGACUAUGUUUUACUUUUUUUAUUCUUGCUGUAAUAUUGUGUUAAAAGAUUCCAGGAAAAAUCUUUCAAGAAAUGCCCCCGAAAUCCCACAAACUCUAUGACAUUUUGUUCAUUUUCUGAUAAAUUUGGAAGACAAUGAACAUUUAAACUUUAUUAUGUGACUCUCAGGAGGAAAACAAUAGGUUGGUUAACAUGAUAAUACGAACCUACAAACUGCUGGUUAUUAAUGGGGCUUCUCUUAACCAUAAUUGGUAGGUUCGUAUAUUAAUCAAUUUGAUAGGUUGGUCAUUCUGAGAGUACAGGGGCCCGUUUCAUAAAGGACUUUCAACUGUUGUAACUUUACCAUUAUGGCAACUACCAUUGAAACCUUGAUCAUGAUUGGCUGCUGAGCCCUGUUACCAUGGUAGUUGCCAUUAUGGCAAAGUUACAACAGUUGUAAGUCCUUUAUGAAACGGGCCCCAGGAGGAUAAAUUCCCCUUUACUAGUUUCGUCAAGAUGCAGGUGUAGAUGUACAUGUGAGAGGGGACAUUUUGGAUGGAGUAACCGAGCUGGAUCAUUAUUUUUCUUCCAUCAUUAUAAAUAGUUUUUGUAUAAUCAUUUUGAUUUCCUGUCUAUGGAAAUCCAUGACAAUGAUCAACUAUGUGUCAUGUAUGCUAACAACAACUUACUAAUUUUAUAAUUUCGUAUAAAAUAUCUUUUAAAUAUAUUUUUCGAAUUUCGUAUACGGUACAGUGA